AUGACGACAGACGAGGCGGAGAGCCAGCAGAAGAAGCCCCGGCAGCAGCAGGAGGAGGGGGGGCAGGAGGAGCACCCGCCCUCCCCCGACCACGAGCACCUCCUGCGGGCGAGGACCAGGCACUCGGCCGGGCGGGGGCUCUCCAGGCUCUUCUCCUCUUUCCUCAAGCGACGCUCCCAGUGCGAGAGCGACGCCCCCGACAGGGACGCCCAUGAGGAGGCCAAGGCCCCCAUCGCCGACCCCGAGCCCGAGCUGAGGCCCGAGGGAGAGCCGGCCCCGGACCAGCACUCGGUGAGCAGUGCCGAGGCGGAGGCCGACCUGGCGGAGAAGAAAGACGGAGACGAGCAGAAGGAGGGCGAGGACAAGGCGGAGGUGAAGGAGGGCGAGGGCGAGGAGGGACCCAAGGCCGAGGGCGAGGACACCAAGGAGGCGAAGGAAGGAGACGAGGAGAAGAAAGAGGACGCGGCCGCUCCCGACGAGGAAGCCCAGAAGGAGACGGAGGAGGAGAAGAGCCCCGAGGAGGACGCCAAAGCCCCGAGAGCUCCACGCCGACCCAGGAACAUGGAGAUCACCGUCACGCUGCUCGACGACACCACCUACGACCUGGAGCUGGAGAAACAUGCCAAGGGUCAGGAUCUGUUCGACAAAGUGUGUGAUCACCUGAACCUGCUGGAGAAGGAUUACUACGGCCUCGCCAUCUGGGACACGCCCACUCUCAAGACGUGGAUGGACAUGACCAAGGAAAUACGCCGACAGGUUCGAGGAGCAAACUACAACUUCACCUUCAACGUCAAGUUCUACCCCCCCGACCCCGCCCAGCUGUCAGAGGACAUCACCAGGUACUACCUGUGCCUGCAGCUGCGUAAGGACAUCCUGGCCGGACGUCUGCCCUGCUCCUUCGUCACUCUGGCUCUGCUCGGCUCUUACGCCCUUCAGUCCGAGCUGGGAGAGUACGACCCCGAGGUGCACCUGCCCGACUACGCCAAGAGCCUGAAGAUCGCCCAGGGACAGACCCCAGAGCUCGAGGAGAAGAUGAUGGAGCUGCACCGCACCUACAGGGCGAUGAGUCCAGCCCAGGCAGAUCUCAUGUUCCUGGAAAACGCCAAGAAGCUGUCCAUGUACGGAGUGGACCUGCACCAGGCCAAGGACCUGGACGGGGUGGACAUCAUGCUGGGCGUUUGCUCCUCCGGACUCAUGGUUUACAAAGACAAACUGAGGAUCAACCGUUUCCCCUGGCCCAAAGUCCUCAAGGUGUCCUACAAGAGGAGCAGCUUCUUCAUCAAAGUCCGGCCCUCAGAGGUGGAGCUGUACGAAAGUGCCAUUGGAUUCAAACUGCCCAACUACAAAGCGGCGAAGAAGCUGUGGAAAGUUUGUGUGGAGCAUCACACCUUCUUCAGGUUGACCUCCACAGAAAUGGCCACCACCCCCAGAAAGUUCUUGGCUCUGGGCUCUAAGUUCCGGUACAGCGGACGCACCCAGGCCCAGACCCGUCAGGCGAGCUCCCUGAUCGACAGGCCCGCACCUGCCUUCCAGAGGACCAACAGCAAGAGGAACUCACGCAGCCUGGACGGGGCCAUGGCGUCCACUCCCGACAACAAGUCCUCGCGCCCGGUCAGCGCCCCCGUGAUGUCACCCGUCUCGCCCGGUGAAGCCACGCCCUCGCCGCUCCUGCCCGCCCUGCGUCACCUCAACGACCAGCACGACGGCUCCACCCCCAAAAGCCGACGCUCCGCGGACAGGAAGCAGGAGAUGAGGGCGGACGGACGCCAGACGGACUCGCCCAAGAGCCACAGCCCCCGGCUCGACUUCACCCCAGAGCUCAAGAAACGAGCUAAGAAACUGGAAGGAGAGACGAUUUAUAUCAGGCAUAGCAAUCUGAUGCUGGAGGACGUGGAUAAAACGCAGACUGAGAUCAUGCGUCACCACAGCAGCAUCAGCGAACUCAAGAGGAGCUUCAUGGAGUCGGUGCCGGAGCCGCGGCCCAGCGAGUGGGACAAACGUCUGUCCACCAACUCCCCCUUCAGAACGGCCAGGAUCAACGGGCAGCUGCCCCCCGCCUCUCCGGUGCUGAAGACCCAGACAAUCACCAUCUCCGACGUCACCAACUCUCUGCGAGGAACCGUGGCCUACAAGGAGAUGCCUCUGGUCCACACCGAGACCAAGACCAUCACCUACGAGUCCGCUCAGCCUGGGGACAACCUGCCGGAGAAGGACACUGGAGUUCUACUGAGCGCUCAGACCAUCACAUCAGAGACCAUCAGCACCACCACCACCACCCAGAUCACCAAGACGGUGAAAGGGGGCAUUUCCGAGACGAGGAUCGAGAAGAGAAUCGUCAUCACCGGAGACACGGAGAUCGACCACGACAAGGCUCUGGCCCAGGCCAUCAAAGAGGCCAAGGAGCAGCACCCGGACAUGUCCGUGACUAAAGUGGUGGUGCACCAGGAGACGGAGAUCACCCCAGAGUGAAGGACGGGUCUGAGGAGCUGCCCUCUCCCACCACCUGACCCUCACCACCCACCACCACCACCACCACGACCCCGCCC